ACAUUAAUAUUCAUAUGGUAUGAAUAUUAUUCAUACUGGUAUUUUCUUUGGGUGUUCGUAAAAGUAAAAUUUAAAUAUUCAACUACAUGAAGAAUGUUGAAAUAUAAUAGAAUAUCACUUAGUCACUUAGUAUUCAUAAUGUUUCUCUUAUACAUGCUACAUACACUAUAUAUGUGCUUUCAGAAACGUUAAGUUUGUUUUCAAAUGUCUAAAGUCUUAUUACUAAAUUUACCGGUAUUUUCAAAGUCAAAGGCUGGCACAACUUGUUGAAACACUUAUAUUUAUAUUGUGUAUUAAAUAUAAUAUGUAUACAUAUAUUUAAAUUGUUACAAAAUAUUAUAAAACUAAAAUGGGAGGAAAAACAACUCGAUCCCCUACUGGGAAUUGAUCUCAAACUAUAUUACCGCCAAGCGUCCACUCUACCACUUGACCACACAAGAUCUUUUCUAACACGCAUAUCUUAAAACCAGGCCAAUGGUACAUUUUUGCCGCGGUGUCCCCAGGCCUAAGCCCACGAUUUCACUAGGUACACCGCCGCGGUUUACGCAGGCCAAAGCCGAUGGUUUCGUAGGUACACCGCCGCGGUGUACGCAUCCACUUCGAAAAAUUUUAGGGUAGGGGUUCCGUAAAAAUAAAAAAAUUCAGCAACUCCAUACCACUGAACAGUUUUUGUGAAUCAGAAGGCUAUUUGACCGUCUCGAUAGAAUUAUUUACUCAUUUUUACCUUUACCAGCAAGAGAGUUACUUGCCAUGCUUUGAACUUGGAAACAACCUUAAAGCUUCUUAGCAUCUAAAUUCAACAAAAAAAUGUAUUGCGUUAAACACAUAUUUGUAAAUUUAUGUCGCAAUCGGACAGCAUUACGACUUAUUGAGACAAAUACGAGACCCUUUUCUCGUAUACUGUCGUGUGGGUUUGCAUCAAAUAAAUAUGAUGAUGGGCCUGAUGGGUAAGUAAUCAUAAAAAAUACAAAAAUUUCCUAAAUAUAAGAAUAUAUUAUAUAAUAUAGGUACUUUAAUAAGAAAAUUAAAACUUUUUGUAAAAAUAAACCAAUGGCAUAGUUGAAUAGAGCUAAUUUUUAAAGAAUUAUAACAACAAAAUCAUAUUUUUAGCUGUUGUAGUUUUAAAGUUAUGAAUUUUAAAGUAUAACAUUGUCAUUGUUAUUGUUGGUCCUUUUUUAACAUUCAUUGCAUCAUUGCAUGGACUGCACCUCCACAUUCUGUCACCCAAAUCCGCUGUUUGCGUCACGAGCUACAUAACUCUCGUUAGAUACUUUGGUCAAAAAUGUAAACAUUUUUUUAAAAAUCAACCAAUGGCACAGGUGAAUAGAGCUAAUUUUAAACAGAAUUAUAACACCAAAAUCAUAUUUUUAGCUGUUGUAGUUUUAAAGUUAUGAAUUUUUAAAGUACGACUUGGUUUGUCAUUUUUUAACAUGGACUGCAUCUCCACAUUCUGUGACCUCAUUCCACUGAUCGCGUCAUGCGCAAUGCCUAUAUAGUUUAUAUAAGGCAACGCAUUCCCUAUCGCUAAAAUACUGUUUAGGGUCGACUUAUUUUAAACUUUCAACUUUGGCACAUGAAUAAUUAAUAAAAGCUUUCCCUGACCAAUGGUUUAAUAGCUUUUGCACACGGCAAACUCUUAUGAAUGAAACUCUGAGAUAGUACUACGACGUAGCCGUUAUGCAAGUGGCUGUGAAUGGUUGCCAAUGACAACGUGUUGCACAGGGAAAAUUCUGAUCAUUUAUAAUAUGGACUCUGCAGGGUUUUUAAAGCUCAAAUUAAAACAUUUCCAGUUUAAAUGUCUUCAAAAUGCAUUCUGAAACACAAAAUAUAAAAUAUUUUGAUGUAUAUAGUGGUAAUAAUUAAAUAUUUCCUAAGUAUCGGCAACUUCCGCCAUUAAAAAGGGGGCGUGGCCCACGCCAUGGCGAAAUUAGGCUGAGCCACUUUAUGGUGAUAUGGGUCACUGUGACAAGUGUAACAAACGUGAGACACGACCUACAUCAAUGAAACUUGGCACAGAUAUAGAUCAAUAUCUAAUGCUCAUACAGAUUUAAUCAAAAAGGACCUUAUCUUAUUAUUUCACAAAAAAUUUUGUAUGCGAAGAUGCCUUAUAUAUACCAAAGAUUUUCAAAAUAAAGGUCGAUUGAAAAAAGCAAAAUAGCUGGCUAGAAAUGUAGGCCAAGAUGUCUUCCAAAUUAUAAGGCCGGAAACGGAACUCAAAUUUAUGUGGAAAGAACUAAUUUAAUAAUAAAUAGACACACACAUCGGUAAAUUAAAAACUCGGAUUUUUCGGCGCCGACGCCCAUUUCCGAUACAAAAAAAAUAGUAGUCUCCCUUGUUUCAUCGAAGUAUCUACUCUCGUUUUAAUGAUAAUUUUAUGCGACUUUUAUUUUUAGAACUAAUUCUGUAUUAACAAAUAAUUUGAAUAAGUUAUACAAUUAUAUAUAAAUUAUAGUUUAUCUAACUAUGCACUACGUGUAACAAUAAAUUUAAAAUAAUAUAUGGCUUUUCUGUUUACCAAAUGUACAGCGUCCAUUAUACCGGUAUAUGCUAUAUAGUCUAUAUAAGGCAACGCACCCCCUAAAAUAUUGUAUGGGAUCUACUUAUUUUGAACUUCCAAUUUUGGCACAUGACUAAUUUACUAAGACUAAAGCUUUCCCUGACCAAUACCUGCCAAUGGUAAUAGUUUUUGCACACAGCAAACUCUUAUGAAGGAAACUUGAGGUAGUACUACAGUAUAGAAUUAUACAAAAUGCUGUGAAUGGUUUCCCAUGACUUUUUGCACACGGUUAAUUCUGAUAGUUAAUAAUAUGAACUCUACCAGGUUUUUAAAGCUCAAAUUUAAACAUUCUAGUUUAAAUGUCUUCAAAAUGCAUUCUGAAACACAAGUUAUCAAAUAUUUUGAUGUAUAUAGAGGUAAUUAUGAAUAUUUCCUAAGCUAAGUAUCAGCAUUUUCCGCCAUUUAAAAGGGGACGGGAUCACUAAUCCAAAAUGGCCUGUGCAACCUUUGCAUAAUGAGGUCAACGUUGAGGAGAAUUGUGAAAAUGUUUCAUGAGCUAUCUCAAUAAAAUUUUGCACACGUGCACUUCAACAAAUUAUGCAGGCCUACUUUUAAUAUGAAAGACCUACUUUGAAUAUUUAGACCGAAUUUUUUAAUGCAAAGAUGCCUUAUAUUGACAUACGAUUUUCCUCACUUAAAGUUUAGAUAAUGAACAAAUUAACUCAAUGGAAAUGUAGUUCAACAUUUCUCCUAACGUUAAUGGGCGGAGUCAAACCUUAUUAUUUUAUUUAUGGGCCAAAAGGACUCCUAAUUUAUUCAAAUUACAUGCACAUGAAAAAAUUAAAAACUCGGAUCCUAUUGCGCCGAAGCCCAUUUCCGAUACAAAUUUACUAGGAGUGUCCCUUGCUUGGCGAAGUACUAAAUACUAAACUAAAUAAUUAUUAGGCCAUUUGACUGCCAUUUUGACUGGGCCUGGGUCAUUAUCUGUUCAUUUUGUAAAUUGGAUUUUUACCUAUCUGACGUCAUUUUGGAUUUUUAUUUGAUGAAACUGUAAAUUGAAUUUUCAUUGGGUUAACCAUUGAUGAAUCUUUGUCUUUAUAUUCUUUAUUUAUAGUAUUUAUUUCUUUAUUAGUUUAUUAAAAUUUACGAUUUUCUUUACUUUGUAUUUAUCGUAUGUAAAUGUAGGCUAACUGUAGCCGUUUAGGUUAGCACAUGAACACUUAGUCGUGGUAGGCAUUUCGGUAUUGCCCGGCAACACCCAAUAAAUGGGUCUUCAUUUUUUAAUUUGUAACACAAGUAAUUUUUAUGGCUGUGGCUAUUGGUAGUAAACUCCACUACCAUUAGCUUCUAUGUGGCUAUUGGUCGUUUACUAUAAAAAAAACUACCAAUUGGUGAUAGAUUAAUGUAGUGAGUAGUGCAAUAAUUAUUGGUAGUCCCAAUUUAUUUUUUAUUACAACACUGAAAUCACGCUCAAGUAUGUAAAUUGACAACAAAAAAAAAGAUGUGCCAACAAAAUUUGUUGUUUGUGUCUAGUCUCAUAAAUUCACUCCAAUUGGAUUUUCAAGACAUAAUACACUUAUUUUUCUUUCUUUGUAUAUAUUUUAUUUUAUUUAUGUAUCACUGCUUAUGUUUUCAUCAAAAUUAUGUGCAGUUUAAAACGUUGAUUCUGUAUACUCUGCAUAGCAUUACGAAAUAAAUAGUAAAUAGUGGUUCCAAUUUGUGUUGUAGUUGCACAAUAUAAUAUACCCAAUGAAAAUGAAAUUGUUUAAUUGUACAUAAAAAUAUCGACACCACGACGCCUUUAUAAGUUAAUGAGGGCUCAUUUAUGUAAAUAACACUCAGUAGACAUUUCUCCCAACAACAGAAAAUCAAAAAAAAUCAUAAGCGGAGGGGGGGGGGGGGUUCAUGUGACCAAGUUCCUAAACAUUGAUUGGCCUAAGCUUAUUUUAUGUAAAUAAAAAUAUCGACACCACGACGCCUUUUAAAGUUAAUGAGGGCUCAAUUAUGUAAAUAACACUCAGUAGACAUUUCCGCCAACAACAGAAAAUCAAAAAAAAUCAUAAGCGGAGGGGGGGGGGGGUUCAUGUGACCAAGUUCCUAAACAUUGAUUGGCCUAAGCUUAUUUUAUCAUCGUUAAGCCUAAUCACGUUAUUAUACAGUUAGUUCAUUUAACUAAUGUUAAAAGAUUUUGAUUUUAAUAUGCACACUUUGUAUGCAGUAAAACUUCUUAUGGUAAUUAUUUAGGCCUGUAUUUUAAUUUAUAAUUUUAAUCAUAAUAAUUAGCACACACAAAAUGUUUACAGCUGAAUUUUAUUUAUUUUUACUCCACAUCUUACUUUGGCCUUGACAAAGAAGAAGCUGGGUAACAUUUUUUCAGACUAUGAUCCCCUUCCCCCCAGUAUCAUACAUCUAUCUUAAAUCUAUAUUUGGUAUAUAUUAUAAAUUAUAUAGCAAUAUUGCCAGCUCUUAGCAUGAGGAAGGUUACAACAGAUAGUGUUAAAACUUUAAAACAGUACUGUAGAUUUUAUAAGUAUUAUAGUUAGUGCGGAGGUGUUGUCACUAGUACAAAGUAUAAACUAGUAAUAGUAGUAAUAAAAGAGCGGGGCAAUACUUCGUCAGCCUCAUUGGAAGCGGGUAUUUAAAGCUCAGAUUUUGGUUUGAUUUGAUUGGCUGGACUACCAAUAGCUCUCUAGAAGCUAACUCUAAUAGCAAUUGGUGACAGGACAAAGUGGGUGGAGAUCACUCAUCAGAAUCUAGGGAUUAAAUGUCAAGAGUACUUAGUCCCUUAAUAGAAACAGCUUGGACUGAAUUACAGUAAUUUUUACCAUAAUUUAUUUCGGCCCAAAAACCAAGUUAUUAAAUUUUCAUUCUUUGCUGUUUGACACUGACACGGUUUGAUUGGCAAUAGAAUUUAUUUAAAGUAUUUAAUUCAAUUAUUUUCAUUUCAAAACUAUGAUAACUGACAUUAUUACUGAGAAAAUCAAUACUGUGAAGAGGAGAUAGGCCUUCACAGGUGUGCCAAUGACACAUAACUGGGACAAGUUACAGAAAAGUUUGGAGGACACUAUUAUUUUUUACCAUAAAUCAAUAGCGCUAUAGAUAUGGUACUAAUAUAGGGCUAUACUUAAUAAAAUGCUACAACCAUUCAACAAAUUAUAUUCCAACAAAACAUUAAGCUGCAGCCAUCUUUUGUCAUAUGCCAACAUUUUUGGCAUAAGCAUAUUACAUUUCACUAGCUUAAAACAAACUUUUUAUUCAAUUAUCAGCAAAUUAAUUAUGAAAACAAUCCUGGAGUGGCAGUCUGGGCUGCACUUCUUGCAUCUGAACUUUGAAUUAGAAUCAAGGUUUUCUUUAGUCAUUGAUUGAAACAACUGAGAAACAUUUUCAAAACCAAUAAUGGGAUUUUAAAAAUCUUUUGCUUUAUGCAUAACUUUUAAUGAAAGACAGCAUCGUUCGCUUUUCAAUGAACUGUAGCUUAAUGGCCAUGGAUUUGCUAAGAUGUUACCAGAAACAAUGCAAUUUAAUCAGGGAGACUUCUAAAUGGGUUUUGUGUGUGUGUGUGUGUAUAUCAAACAUGCAACCUCAUAGGAGAAUUCAAAGUAGGCACACAGGGCAAUGUCAUAGGCUACGGCUAAUCAAACCCGGCUUCAGACCCGGAAAAGAGUGAGAGGUUGGAUUUAUUAAAAAAUAAUUAAAAUACUAUUGUUGAAUUUGUAAGACAAAAUUUGGUAUCAAAUUAAAGAUAAUAGGCGACCCGCGGUGUAGCAUACGCAGCGAGCUUGUUGGGGUGCGCGCAUGGCUGGCAAGCGAGGGUGGAUAUGGCCUGCCAAACAUUGGCGACAUCAAUGCGUGAACUUUCCAUCUACCAAAGUUACUUGACAAAAACAUGAACUAAAGUUACGCACAUUUAAGAAUACCAAUUUUGCUUAACCCCCCCCCCCCCCCCCCUUCCUUUCAUGAUACGUCACUGUACACUUUUUAUUUCACGCCCAUGAACUAUAUAAAUAUAGCAGCGACGUUGCGGAAUUGCUCGCUGGCUCAGCGAGGGUGGUGCAGGAGGGGGUGGUAGCUCCAUCGCAGUGCGCGUGUCUCGAGACCAACAAUGGGCAGGCAAGGGAAGGGAGGGGGGUUUGCCUGCGUCUUGCUUGCUCUGGCGUAUCUAUAUAUAGCCUGCGUGGUCGUCGUCUUCUUGUUUGCCUAACUUCUGGCGAAUUAUAUAUAUAGAUUGAAUGGACUAUAGGUUUGUAAACUUACUUCUAUAGUCCAGGCCUGUACAACAUACGGCCCGCAUGCCACAUGUGGCCCGCCAGCACCCACUUUGCUGCCUGCGAAGUAACGAAAUAUUCUUUGUUCUUAUUAUUUUCUUGAUAACUUUCCCCAGUCACGUUUUUCAUAAAAUGAUACAGCCCGCCUUGCAUUUUGAGUUGUGCAGGCCUGAUAUAGUUCAUUCAUAGGGUAGUUGUGAGUUUAAUUAGCAUUUUUAGUUUUACAUGUACUUGUCCUUAUUUCAAGUUAAGCUUUAUCAUCAGUACCUGGCUUGUUUUUCACCAGUAAUAUUUCAUAUGAUUGUCACUCGUUUUAUAAGUUUGCUAUUUUUUCAUAUGAUGCAAAUAUUUAUAUAAUAUAUUUUUGUUCUUUUUUUAAAGAUUUUAUUCUCAAAAUGAUCAUUUUGAGGAAGAUGAUAGAGGUGGUUAUCAGAACAAAAAAAAUUAUUUUCCUAAAGAAAAUAAUUCAAAUUUGAGUCAUUUCAAAGAAAAUAACACAGACUUCAGACCAAGAAGAACUCCUUAUGGCACAUCAUCACAUAGAGGAAAUUUUGGAGACAGAUUUAAUGAUGAAUUUGAAGGGUCAUAUGCUAGAAGAUCAAGAAAUGAACUAGGCCUUAAUAUUAAACAGAAAACCUGGAACACUGCCAGCCUUCCGACCAUUGAGAAAAAUUUCUAUGUUGAGCAUGAUUCUGUAGCCCAGAGAUCAGAGGUAAUUUUAAUUGCUUUAGUUUCAAAAGUAUGCAUGGUUGGCUAUUUUGUAUCCUUAGCUUUUCUAAGUUAAUUGUUGACGAUUUCUUAACACAUCCAUUUUAUUAUUUUGUCAUGCUUAGGAAGAGGUUGAUGCAUUUUACAAGCAACAUAAUAUAACUGUAAAACGGGGAGAAAGACCUAAACCUAUUUCGAACUUUUUAGAGGCCAAUUUUCCAGGUAAAGUAUUUAUUUAUGAAGAAAAUGACCUAACUAAGAAUUAAAAUUUAAUGAAUUGAUUGAAUUGAAUCUUUACACUAUCGUUUGAUAAUAUUCUAAACUGACUCAGUGUACUCAUCCAUUGGAGAAAAAUUUUACUUUUAAAUUUUGAAUAAACAUGCAACCCUUGCUUGCCCCAUCCUCUUUUCAUUUCUUACAUUAAACAUGGUGUUUAAUGUUUAUCAUUCAUUUUUUUUUUUUUUUUUAUUUUCAUUUUUACAUAAUUGAAAAUUUUUAAAUUAAACCCUUUUUUUCCUUUUUCAGAAGAAAUAAAUCAACAAUUGAAGAUAAAUGGGUGGAAUAAACCAACACCAAUACAAAGUAUUGGCUGGCCACUUGCCUUAUCUGGGAAGAAUAUGGUGGGGAUAGCACAGACUGGCUCAGGGAAAACUUUGGGUGUAGGUUCUUUCACUUUCUAUAUUUUAAAAUGCUAAGGUCAUAUGAGGGUAAAAGUAAUUUGAACUUUUUAACAUGCUAAAUAUACCCUUAUUUGACUUCAUUGCUACUUUCAGUUCCCUAACAGAACUCAUCAAAAUAUUUUUUUAAGGAAUAUAAUUUCAGGUUUUCUUUAAAUAUCUGAAUUUUGCUAUUUACUAAUUAAAAACUUGUGUGUAAUUGGAGCAAAAUGGAUUUAUUUAUGAUUUAUUCUUAUAUAUUUUUAUAAUAUAUCAACAGUUCAUGUUACCUGCCUUAGUCCAUAUAAAGCAUCAGAGGCAGGUUACUAAAGGUGAAGGCCCAGUGGUACGUUUUAGACAGCUGAUAUUUGAAAAAGAAAUUUAAAAAAAAAAAAUUGGGGGUACUGACAUUUGUCCAAUGUAUUGAAUAUUUGUAAAAAUCUAAUUGAAAUAAUAAUAUAUUAUUAUAAAUUAACUCUUUUGUUUGAAAAUGUAUUUUUAUUUUCUGCCAGGUAUUGGUACUAGCACCAACACGAGAGUUGGCCCAGCAAAUUAAAAGUGUUGGAUCAGCUUAUGGCAGGCUUCUUGGAAUUAAUACCUGCUGUGUUUUUGGUGGCCAAUCCAAACUUGUUCAGACAAGGCAUUUAUCUGAAGGUGAUUACUUGUGAAGGAAGGAUCACUGGUUUCAUUUCCUGAUCCUUUUACUCAUUCUUGCCUUAUCAUUGUGUGAUUAACAUGCUAAUUGUAUCAAAGUGUUAUCGAUUCUAAAACAUUUCUUCCAGGUCCUGAUAUUGUGGUAGCUACUCCUGGAAGGCUUCUUGAUUUUAUAGAGAUGGGAGUUGUCAAUCUUGACAGGACCACUUAUGUUGUAUUGGAUGAAGCUGACCGCAUGUUGGAUAUGGGAUUUGAACCACAAAUCAGAAAAGUGCUUGGUCAAGUUCGAGUAAGUUAAGAAGUACUUCCAAUGUUUCUAUAGUAAAGAUUCUCUGAAAGGUGUGUACCAUACAGUGCUGCACAAACUUUCACUUUUUUUUUUUUUUAUGAAGUACCUGGUAGCACCAUUGCUUGUUUCCAAAAAUCUAUAACAGUUUAUGCUUCUUUAUGCAGCUAUAUAGACAAUUACAUCGCUAACUGAAUAAUGUAUUGGAAAAUAUGCAUUUAAUGCAUUUUUUCUAGCAACCAUAGUUUUUUCUUUAUGAUAAAUCUUUCUUUAUAAGAAGAAAAUGAAGCAUGAUUACCUAUGUUUUUUAAAUGUAUGUUACCUUUAACAGAUUCAUGGUAAUAACAGUUAUUCUGGGAUUGAAUGUUGAUGAUUUUUUUAAAAUAAUUACAAAGAAGUUCUUCUGUAAAUAAGAAGACUUGCGAUUAAGGCAUUCUUUUCCAUUUAGAAAAAAAAAACAGAAAAACACUGGCUUUCCAAUUUUCUUACAUGUUAUCUAUUAAGCUUUCCAAUGAACAAUGUUUCAAGUUUAAUUUAACUUUGUUUAACCCCCUAAUAGCCUGACAGACAGAUGUUGAUGUGGAGUGCUACAUGGCCGAUUGAAAUCCAACAGUUAGCCCAUGACUUUCUCGGUGACUUUGUACAGACCAACAUCGGUUCAGCUGAACUCAUGGCAAAUCCAAACAUUAAACAGACUGUUCGAGUUUGUGAUUUCCAUGAGAAAUUUAAUAUGUAAGAAUUUCACUUGAAACAUUAUAAAUACGAUUUAAAAAUGUCUUUUUCUUUGAUAGUUCAUUUUUAAAAGCUUGUCAAAAAUGUUUUUUUUUUGUUAUUUAAUCCUAAGAUGAAAUUAUGCAAAUAUGAAUUUAGUCUAUAUGAUAUUGUAUACAAAACUAAUUUAAUGCAAAGUUUUAUUUUUUUUAAAAUACAAAGUUCUUUAAAGUAACCAUAUCCAUAUUGACACCUAUUCAAAAAAUAUAUGUGAUAUAUGUGUCCGCGAUUUGUAUGUAUUAUUUCACUGAAACUCACUCAGAUUCUGAUUUAGAUAUUUUUCUUUUCAAUUUGUAAACUGAAGAUUGGUUGAGGAGCUGCAGAAAAAUUCAGAUAGCAAUGAAAAACAGAAGACAUUAAUAUUCACACAGACCAAAACUGAAGCAGACAACAUCACUCACAAAUUAAGGAAGCUUCAGUGAGUAUACAACUAGAAUUCAAAUUUAUAUUGCUCAAAUUUCAAGUUUUAUAUAGCAUUUUUAAAAUCUUACUCUACUGUUAACUUUCAGAGUAGAACUGUAAAGUAAGUAUUAAAAUUAUUUAGUAGAUUUGAUCUGUGAAUAUUUAGUUAUUAGAAUAAAACUAGAAGGCUUCAGAUUUCAGAUCUCCUGCUUCAUCAAUAUGAAAUAUCCAUACAAAUUUCUGUGAUGGCCUAAAAGAAUAUAAAAUACUGUUUUAUGUAGAUCAGUUUCUCUGAAAACUUUUCAAUUGAGCAUUUAACAUUAACAUGCAUAUAACGGUACUCAAAACUUAUUCCAACUUAUUCAUCCAAUACAGGUUUAGAGCACUGUCUAUUCAUGGAGACAAAUCUCAAUUAGUUAGGGAUAAAACACUCAGCAGUAAGUAUCAGUUGCUCAGUUACUGAAUAAAAUGUUGUUUAAAAGUAUUUCACUAUUGCUUUUGAUAUCAUUAUUCCGGUUGUGUCAUUGCCAUAUUUUUUUGUUUCAGACUUGCUGUUUUUUUCCUUCUUUUAUGUCAUUAAAUUCAGCUAGUGGAAGCUACACUUAAAAUAAAUUGUGAUUAAAUUGAAUUGAAUAGUUAAAUUGUGAUUGUUUUUCAAAUCAAAUGUUAAAGUUAUAUUUUAUCUUACCUGUAGGUUUUAGAGAAGGAGGAACACAUAUUCUCGUGGCUACAGAUGUUGCUUCAAGGGGUUUAGGUAAGUUCACAAAGGCUACAAGCUUGUCACUAUCUUCUUAUAGAUUGAAAACAUGAAAGUUGAUUAAUGAUUUUAAAAAAAAAAUAAAGUGUUGAUCAAAGGUUAAUAAGAUUGUUUUGUUUACAGAUGUUAAUGACAUAACACUUGUUGUCAACUACGAUUACCCAAACACAGCAGAUGAUUAUAUUCAUCGAAUUGGCAGGACAGCCAGGGCAUCAAAAACAGGAAAUGCUUUGACUUUAAUAACAGAGGAAGAUGCUGGGAAGGUAACGUUAUUUAUUUUAAAACUUAGUAUAGUACAAAAUGUGUUUUUAAAUAUGUUUGUCCAUUUUUAUAACAGUUCAAAGAAAAGUGAGGAGCUCUGAAUAUGAGAAGUGUAGAAAAUUAAUGGAAAUAAUUAUUUUAUAUAUGUUUUUUAGGUCAUGGAUUUAAUUGCUGUUCUAAAGGCCGCUGAUCAGGAAGUACCACAAGAAUUGUCUGACAUUGUUAAUGCUACAUCAAGAAAUAAACCCAGAGGUGCGUAUGUAAUGUAUGAAUGUUUCUGUGGUUAAUAUAUUUAUUUUUUUUUAAAUAAGGGCUAUAUUGGACCUGCCAACCCUUCCGAUUUUGUCGGAAUUAUACAGAUUUUUUACCCCUCAUUCAGACAAACCCCUUAAAAUUCCAAUUUUCCUAACAUAAUUUUUCACCCGCCAUAAAAAUCCUAAAGCGGAAGAAAAGAAUUUUUAAAUUGGAUACGACAGGAAGUGGUGCAUUUCGUAGAUGCCACUUCUUUGUUUUUACGAAGUGUCUACAUGUUUGGCAAUCGAACCAAUAAGUUCUCGAGAUAUUAGUCUGGCCGUAACUGUUACAUAUUCGACCAAGUCACAUGACCGCUAUAACAAAGUUGCACGAGAUAUUUGUCCGUCAGCCUUGUCAGUGACCGCUAAUACUAAUAGUACUAAUAGUCUAUCAGAGUUUACGGUACUUCAUUUCAACAAAUUCAAGUUAGUCUGGACAUUUACACAAACAAAGAAAUAAUGUUCAAUUCUACAAAAGAAAUACUAGAGCCAUUGCUGGUAUAUAUACCCGGUAAUGAACAAUUGGUAAAAAAGUGGAGAUGUUUUUUAUAAAGCGUGGCAUGCCCGCCAGAUGAAUAUCUCCCGCACUGACGUGUAGACUGCCUUGUUUUUAUCAAAGCGAACCGCGAUCUUUAAAUCAUUCUUCAAUCAUCAAUUGAUCAGAUCGUGAUUCAUCCUUUUUACAAGGCUAAAAAAUAAUUCAGACUUUUUUGUUUGUUUUGUUAAAGCUUUUCUUAAUUAAAUGUUCAAAUCUAUUGAAAGUGAUGAGUACGAUGAUAUUAUAACCUAUUUUAAACACCCACCUCCCCCCCCCCCACCCCCAAAUUAAAAUAUAAAAAAACUGCCAACUGCAGCUAAAAGUAAUCCAUGUCUAAUUUCUAAUGAAAGUUAAUAUUUUUUCUAACUUGCUUGUAACUAAAAUCAGUUGCAAUGUUAACCUUCAGUUGUCCAAAUAGCUUGGACAAGUGCAAAAAGGCCACUAGUAGUAGGAAUAUGCUGGAAAACUGAACUCUUAGCAGCCUGUGUACAUAAGUAAAUAUAAUGGAUCUUCAGUUCUGUACUGUAUAUAUCUGUAAAUAAACAUUUCCAGUAAUGUUAUACUCAUAUUCUGUGGUGUUCUGUAGACUCUUCAAAGACACUCGAGGUAACUUUAUAUUUCUUUAUUUACUAAAAAAAGGUUUGUGAGUUAUUAUAUAGAUCUUAAAACACCCCCCCCCCACACACACACACACACACACAUGCACCCCCCUACAUAUUUUUUUUCUUGGCAGGUCUGCUAUAUUAAUGUGAUUUAAUUUUUUUCUAUAAAAAUCAUAUUGUCCAUGCAUUUAUAAGAUAUAACAUUUAUUACCAAAUUUAAACCACUUUGAUUUUUUUUGUAUGUCCAACCACAGGUUCAUCAAAGUAUUCUCGUAAACCAUUCAACUAUAGUAAGUUAUUAUACUGUAACUAAAAAUUGUUUGUAUUUUCCUAUCCAUGCGCUAUUUUUUUUUUUUUAAUUACGUGAACUUAAGUAAAAGCAUUUUAUUUCAAUUUUUUUUUUUGUUUCUUCCCCAAAAUAUAUAAAUCACAGUUUCCCAGCCCAUUUUAAGUUGAUACCCUGUUUUAAAGAAGCAAGGUGAACCGCAACCCCAAUACAUUUAAUAAAAAGGGUUAUUUAUUAGGGUAAAAGAAAACGGUAUCCAAAAUUAGAUUUUUCAGUUUAUUAAACUUUAUAAUUUUAACUUACGAUCUAUUUAAUGCGAUAAUUGCAGCUUAAAACUUUAAGAGUCCAAUUUAAAUUGUAAGUUGCUUUAAAAGCUAAUGGUGAUGUGACCUUAUAUGUAAAUUAUAAUAAUUUUUUAUGAACACACAUAUAAUGCAGCCAUCACACUGACUCCCUCGCAAGUCACAGGUGCAAUUCACUUUCUCCUUGUUAGACAGCGUCUGACAUAAAUUUUAUGGUAUACAAUUCUUUAAUAGCGCUCUUGAGACUCCCACAUUUUUUUUCUUACCCCUUUCAUGCAACAAACAAAAUUGAGCUUUGAUAUAUACAUUAGGGGUGUGCCGGACCCCGGUCCGGAAUCCGGUUCCGCCGGAUUUUGCACAAUCCGGUUCCGCCGGAUUUACAUGUAUCCGGAACAACCGGAUUCCGGAAUCCGGAAUAUACCGGAUUUCGGAAUUUGCCAGAUUUUGUGACUCACCGGAUCAUAAUCUGAAAUAAAAGUAAUUCUCUUUCCCGAAUUCCACACGAUCACGAUACAUUAAUCGAUUGUUUCGAGCGUUGAGCUUGUUUAAUGUUUAAUAUUCCGUACAUACCAGAGGCUAGAGUCAGCACCGCUAAUAGUGGCCAAUAGUGUAGGGACUUUGAUAAGAAAAUUUAAACUUUUUGUAAAAAUAAACCAAUGGCAUAGUUGAAAAGAUGUAAUUUUUUAAAGAAUUAUAACACCAAAAUCAUAUUUUUAGCUGUUGUAGUUUUAAAGUUAUGAAUUUUUAAAGUACGACUUGGUUUGUCAUUUUUUAACAUGGACUGCAUCUCCACAUUCUGUGAUCUCAUUCCACCAAUCCCGUCAUGCGCAAUGACUAUAUAGUUUAUAUAAGGCAACGCAUUCCCUGCCUUAUCACUAAAAUACUGUUUAGACUUAGUUUAAACUUUCAACUUUGGCACAUGAAUAAUUAAUUAAAGCUUUCCCUGACCAAUGGUUUAAUAGUUUUUGCACACGGCAAACUCUUAUGAAUGAAACUCUGAGGUAGUACUACGAUACAGUUAUGCAAGUGGCUGUGAAUGGUUGCCAAUGACAACGUGUUGCACACGGUAAAUUCUGAUCAUUUAUAAUAUGGAUUCUACCGGGUUGUUAAAGCUCAAAUUAAAACAUUCCAGUUUAAAUGUCUUUAAAUGCAUUCUGAAACACAAGUUAUCAAUUAUUUUGAUGUAAAUAGUGAUAAUAAAUUAAUAUUUCCUAAGUAUCGUCAACUUCCGCCAUUAAAAAGGGGGGCGUGGCCAACCCCAUGGCGAAAUUAGGUUGAGCGAGCUGCAUAACCUGCUGCGAACGCGUAGAAACAUGGCGUCUCUCGUAAGACACUUAUCCAAAUGGAACGGAACUCAAAUAUAUAUCGAAAGUACUAAUUUAAUAAUAAAUAGACACACACAUCGGAAAAUUAAAAACUCGGAUUUUUUGGCGCCGAUUGCGAAUUCCCAUACACAAAAAGUAGUAGUCCACCUUGACUUAUCGAAGUAUCUACCAAUAGUACCAAAAUCCGGAAUCCGGAUCCGGCGGAUUUCGCAUAAGAAAAUCCGGAUCCGGUUGGAAAAAACGGAUCCGGCACACCCCUAAUAUACAUAUGUGAUUUCUUUCUGAAAUAUACACUAUACACCAUAACUUAAGUGCUUGGGCUGAUGCAAAAACAUGUGAAGUCAAUUUUUCACUUGACCUUUUUAAGUAUUUUCUUUAUUUUUAUGUCCUAAAAUUAGAGUUUUUAAAAUUAAAAAAUUUAAUGAAUUAUUUCUUCAAAAUGGAAAAGCAGUUUUACUCUAUGGCAAUGUUUAUGACUGAUUCAACUUUCUGUAAAAGUAUUCUGUGACCUAAUUUUGCUAUACAUUCCCUUUGAAUAAUAAUGUAAAACUACAAGAGUGUUUGUAUGUUAGUUUAUAAAAAUUUAUUACCCAGUAUAAAGUGGUUUUUUUUCUGAGGGGUAUUUUUUAACUCCCCACAAAAUGAUAUUCUGUGGAUGGCCAUGGCAUUAAAUACUCAGUAAUAUAAAAUGUGAUUACUACUACAGCUGGUUUGAAGCUGAAUUGUUAUUUCUCUGUUAAGUCUUAGACUUUGACCCUACCUCAUAUACUUUGUAAAAAUUUAAACUGGGUUGUAGCCUAUUUAUAGCUCAGUGUGAAUGAGAUAAAAAAUAAAGCAAUCAGAGUUUUGAUAUUAACGCUUUUUUUUUAAGUCUGUUUUAGUUUAAGUUAACAUUUUCUUAGUUAUUAUUUUUUAAUCAUCAUUUUAAAAAGCACAUUUAUGUUGAUUAUUAAUAUUUUUGCAAAUCUCUCUUAUCCCCAGAUUCAGGCAGAAGAAACAGCUGGUAGUACAGAUUGUGUUGUAGAAGUUGUAUUAAAUUUAUUUGAUCCUUUUCAACGCAUCUUUUGUUUAUGUUUAUUAAAAUUUGGAUCUAAACAAAAAUCAUUGGGCCACUGAUACAAUGUUUGUACCAUAAAUUAUUUAAAUAUUGUUACAAAUUUAAAAAAAAAUUCUUUGUUUAUAUGGUCAUGAAUAAUAUUGAGAAAAACGUGUUCAGUUUAAAUUAUUGAACAUGAUAGCCAGUGGUGUAUGGAUAUUAUAUGUCAGACAUAAAUGUCCAAACAUUUGUGACAGUUGAACUAUAAAAAAAGUCAGAAUACUAAAUCAAAGAACUUUAAAAACCUUUGACCUUCUUUUCAAGAACAACUGAAAUAAGAAAUACAUUCAUGUUCAUUUUUAACUUCCAGUUCAGUCUUUCCUAAAACUAAGUUAAGAAAGUUUCAGGAGAAAAACCUGACAGAUAAUUUAUUUUUUAAAAUUAUUUAUCUGGCUUAAAUUCUACUUCAUUAUUUUUAUUAAUUUACACUGUAUAUAAAUGCAUUUUAUCUUUUGUAAUGCUGCUAUGCCAUAAUAAAGAAAAAGAGUAACUUAAAAUUAAAUUAACCUCACUUAAACUGUCUCCUUUCAAACACUGAGUCAGGUACCGGUAGAAAUAGUAUGGAUUUGGUUAAAUUUGUUAAAAUUAUAACUUUUAAAAAAAAUAUAUGUAUAGGUGUAUUUAAAAUAUAUUUAUAAUUUAUGGAAUAAUCAUAUAGAUGUUUUCAUAGUGAGGUAAAUUAUUGAUAGAGGCUUUUGGCAAGAUCUUCCACUGGCACAUUCUUUUUUAGUUGUACUGGUGCAGCUGAUAGACUUAAAGUAGAGGCUUCUCUUGAUGUAUUGUAGUCUGCAUAGGAAUUUGUAUUGCAUCAGAGAGUAUGUACAGACAUUCAGAUUUGAUUGAUCUUAAUAUGUGAACACUCCAAUAAAAAAUUUUUUUUUUAAUUAAAACAUUUAUGAUUUUGUUUUAUUUGUGUUAAAAAUGCUGUUUUUUUUAUGAUGAUAAGAGAUGGAUGAUUGAUGCAAUAAAAGAUGUUGAUUCUAA